UUCAAAUAUGUCACGUAUACAAUAAAAGUGUUAGUUUAAAAAAAUUAUUGGUACUUCUAGAGAGAAUAAAAAUAGAAUCCUAUUUAAAUUAUCAAGUAAUAUCCUCAGUGGAAAUGUGUGAUAGUAAAACAAUUGUUUUAUGUUUUCUGCUGGUGAUUUUUGUACAGACGUGUACAUCUCACGAUCAUAGCCAUGAGCAUCAUGGCCAUGCUCACGACGAAUCUCCGUCUUUCAAGUAUUCCAAAGCAGCCAAUGAAAAAUUACAAAAGGAAAAGCAGGACGUACAUCAGCAUGGCGAAGAAACGGAGAAAACACCAUUAAAAACUCCUUUAUCGUCUCAAGAACUAUGGUUGCAUGCCAUGGGAUCAACUUUGUUGAUAAGUGCAGCUCCGUUCUUUAUUUUAUUUUUCGUUCCUUUAGAUAACACAGACAAUGAACAGCCAUUACUUAAGAUUUUAUUAGCGUUUGCUUCAGGGGGUCUACUAGGAGACGCCUUUCUGCAUUUGAUACCCCACGCAACUAUGGCAUUGGAUGAAGGUUCAGAGCCUCAUUCCCACAGUCACAGUCAUGUGCAUACGCAUAGUGACGAGGAAGGUGAACACGGACAUGCACAUGACAUGUCUGUGGGUUUGUGGGUAUUGGCUGGAAUUGUAGUGUUUCUUGUUGUCGAGAAGGCGGUGAGAAUUAUUAAAGGAAACCACGCACAUUCCCAUUCUCCUGUCAAGGCAGCUGAAGAAAAAGAUCUGGUUAAGAAGGAGAAGGAUCAAGGCGAUGGUGAUGAUAAAACUAAGGAUGAGAAGAAUGAGACGCCCGAGAAAGAGAUUAAAGUGGCAGGGUAUUUGAAUUUGGCUGCAGAUUUUAGUCACAAUUUUACCGAUGGACUAGCAAUUGGGUCUUCUUACUUGGCCGGAAAUACUAUAGGUAUUGUGACCACAAUAACUAUUUUGUUGCACGAAGUUCCUCAUGAAAUCGGCGAUUUUGCCAUUCUGUUACAGUCGGGGGUUUCGCGUAAAAACGCUAUGCUCCUCCAACUCACCACGGCGUUAGGAGCGGUCGCAGGUACCGCUCUAUCUCUGUUAGCCCAAAACAGUUCGGGAGCAAUGGCCGCUUCUUGGAUCUUGCCAUUCACUGCUGGAGGGUUCAUCUACAUAGCCCUCGUGUCCGUCAUUCCUGAAUUGCUAGAUGAGGAAAAGCCCAGCAUCGUCCAGACAUUCCUUCAAGUCGCUGCUAUGUUAGCUGGUGUAGGAAUGAUGGUAAUUAUAGCUGAAUAUGAAUAAGUUUUUUAAUGUAAUGUAUUUUUUCAUAUAUUUAUAAUAGAAUUAAUUUACGUUGGCAUAUCUUUGUUGGAAACACAAACUCACUUAAAUGGUAUGAAACGGGGAUCUGGGAAUAGAUCUUGAUUAUUUGGAGGGUUUUGCUUAUAAGAUUUGUUGUCUAGUUUGGAAAUGCUUUAAAAUUGAAAAAUGUAUACUUUAUAAAAUAUAUCUUAAAACGUUUUAUGCAAAAUGAAGAAACUUGCGCUAAUGAUUUAUUUAAUUAAAAGUAAAAAUCGACUGAGUAGUUCUAGUUACUUUGCAUUUUGUGAAGUGUUUGAAUGAAGAUUAAAUAAGUACUAAAUUUUUGAAUAAAAUGAAAAAUACCUUUUUUCUUGGAAACACCACGAGAAGUUAUAGUCUUUCCGAAGUCAGUUGAAUAUGUAUAAAAAUGUCUAGCAAUAAAAUUUAAUGAGUUUCAUAGACGUUCCUAAAAGUUUUGUGCUGUUCAUUUGGGUUUAACAACAUAUUUUUCUUUGUAUAAUUAUAAAUUGUCCGCUGAAUUACGUCUUUUGUCAUGUCAUCAAUAUUUUUAAAUUUUUGUUUUUUGCUUACCUGCGCUGCACUGUUAGGCAAUUUGUCAAUAACUGAGAUUUAUGGCCCAGCCGCCCAGUGCGGAUGUGUUUGUCUGCCAUUUGCCGUAUAUGGGUAUGGCUAAAUAAAUAUGGGAACAAGUUUUUCAAAUAUUUCAAUGCCGAACCUGGUACAUACAUGCCAUUGAGUGAAUGAGUUCCCCACUCAACGAUAACGCCUAGCUCUUUGACCUUCAAUUGAGAUCGGAAAGACUAUACAAGGAGUAGUGAUUGAAUUUUCAGAAUAUACAGUGGCGUCGAAAUUUUAAGGUUUUCAAUGUGCCUUUAAGUGUGCAACAUACGGGAAUAUUUUUUAUUAUUUGCAAAUCAAAUUUUGAACGUCAUCAAAAGUUGGUGCAUGUUUGAAACCAUCCUAAGUCUACUUAGAAUGGUUCCAAGUCAAACAGCAUACAAGGUAGGCCAAAAAAUAGAAAAAUAAGAGUAAAGUAGUCUUAUUUUUUAAAUUUGUAGAAACAUUGUUGCGAAAAGUCGUUUAAAAUUGUAAGAUAUCUCUAAAUACAAAGCCAAAGCCAUGACUAUUUGAAUACUAAAUUAAGUUUGGAGAAUUUUUAAUCGCACCCAUAUAAAGAUUAGGUAUUUUUAAUGUUUCACGGUCAAAGGAACCAAUAUUAACUAGUAAAAUUAUAUUUACAUACCUUUUACAACAUUUUUGUGAAAUUGUAAAAUCUAUUUAAUUAUUUUCUAGGUAAUAAAAAAAUUUAUGCCUGUUGCAACGAUAUUUCACAAAUAUUUGAUUAACAAUGAGAUUUUACUAAAUCAUAACGUGUCAGAUAAAAAAACAAAAAAACUGAAUAAGAAUCGGAAAUUGUUAUUUGGAAUCUUUAUUGAAAUAUUGCAAAUGAGCGAUGUUCCCUCUAAUUUUUUCGCUGACUGCGCUAUACAAAAGUAUACGGGAGCAAAAUGAAAGAAUUAAAUAAAAUUUUAUAACACCUAUUUUAUAUCAGCAAAUUCAACUGCUUUUGUCGCUAUUGUUGUUAUUA